AUGGACCGUCACGAGUAUGAGGAAGUCAUCGCCAACCAGCCCGUUGUGAUCGACAAUGGCUCUGGGGUCAUCAAGGCGGGGUUUGCCGGAGAUGACUCCGUCAAGCUGCUACAUCCUUCCUUUGUUGGCAGGCCAAAGCAUCAGCGAGUGAUGGCUGGUGCCGCCGAGGGUGAUAACGGAGACAUAUUUGUUGGUGAGCGUGCGGAAAAAUUCCGUGGCAUUCUGUCUCUCAAGUAUCCCAUGGAGCAUGGCAUCGUGCAGCACUGGGAUGACAUGGAACUCAUUUGGCGCCAUGUUUACUCCGAGAUGAAAGUGAAUGCUGAGGAGCAUCCAGUUCUCCUCACCGAGGCCCCGCUCAAUCCGCGGAAGAACCGUGAGAAAGCAGCGGAGAUCUUUUUCGAGACCUUCGGUUGUCCAGCGCUCUUCGUCUCUGCACAGGCCAUUCUUUCUCUGUAUGCGAGUGGAAGAACGACCGGGGUGGUCCUGGACUCCGGCGAUGGCGUGACGCAUGCCGUCCCUGUCUAUGAAGGAUUUGCCCUGCCACAUGCGGUGAUGAGGUCCGAUGUCGCAGGCCGUGACGUCACUGAUCACUUGCUGCUCCAGUUGCGCCGCACUGGGCAUGUUUUUCACACAUCGGCGGAAAGGGAAGUGGUCCGUCAAAUCAAGGAGAAGGAGUGCUAUGUUGCACUGAAUCCGCAGAAAGAGGAGCAAGGAGAGCACGACAAGGCCUCCAUGCAGCACCAAUACAAGCUGCCGGAUGGCUCCGUGAUCAACCUCGGUGCAGAGAGGUUUCGAGCGCCCGAGAUCUUGUUUCAUCCCGACCUGAUUGGCCUGGAAUAUCCAGGCAUCCACGAAUUGCUCGCCACCUCCAUCAACAGAGCCGACCUCGACUUGCGGAUGACGCUCUUCUCCCAGAUCGUCCUAUCGGGGGGAUCCACAAUGUUCGAGAAGUUCGGUGACAGGCUUUUAAGCGAGGUGAAGAAACUUGCGCCGAAGGACAUCAAAAUAAGAAUUAUUGCGCCACCAGAGCGAAAGCUCUCGACGUGGAUAGGUGGUUCAAUCCUGGCAUCCCUAGCAACAUUCAAGAAGAUGUGGGUUACAAAAGAAGAGUUCGAAGAAGAUGGGUACUCCAUUCUGCAUAAGAAAGCUUUCUGA